AUGGAGCUGUAUUUUGUGUUCUUAUGUUUUGAGUGUGUUGUAUUUGGAGGAGGCAGCAUUAGGGCAUCUGAAUUUUACCAAGAAGGAGACUUUGUGAUUGGGGGACUUUUUAAUAUCCAUGAGGAUGAUCAUCCCCAAUACUAUAAUACACCAGAGGCCCUGCAGUGCUCUGGUAAGAGAUUUCUCAAGUCAAAUUACCGGCGCUUCCAGCUGAUGAGAUUCACUAUUGAACAGAUCAAUAACUCCAGUCUCCUCCUGCCCGGGGUCACUCUGGGCUAUAAUAUCUUUGACCACUGCUCAGACACACAGAAUAUUCCAGGUGUUUUCCACAUUUUCUGGAAAACACCCAUACGCCCCUGGAGCACAGCACGCUACAAUGUCUCCAAAGUCAUCGCAGUGGUCGGAGCCUUCACGAGUCCUAAAACCAGAACUGUAGCUCCAAUGUUUAUGGCUCAUCUGAUUCCCAUGAUCAGUUAUGGAGCGUCCAGUUCUAUUUUCUCAAUGAAAGAUGUAUUCCCAUCUUUUUUCCGCACUGUCCACCCCAAUAAGGAUGUGGUUGAAGUUUUAGUUCAGAUGCUCCUGUACUUCAAAUGGCAUUGGGUGGCUUUCCUCAACAUGGACAAUGAUUAUGGCAACGACAGCCGCACUGUGUUCUUAAAGAUGAUUCAGGGCACCAGCAUCUGCCUGGCCUACACCAAGAAACUGAAUGAAAACACAAAUUACAGAACUGUGUUUGAGCAGAUAGAGAAUCAAAAAAUACAAGUCAUCAUAGUUUUUGCUACUGAAUGGAUAGUUGAAAAUCUUAUACCAUCUGCUAUACAAAUGAAUGUUACCAACAAGACAUGGAUAGCUGUGGAUGCUUGGGCAUUAAAUAAAAACCUUCCCAAAUUACCUGGAAUCAAAAGUAUCGGAACUGUCAUCGGAAUUGCAGAGCCUGUGAUAUCCAUUCCUGGUUUUGAUGAAUUCAUUAGAUAUUUGCAAAUUGAAAAUCAACCUGGGGAGUUUUGCAACCAAUUUUGUAAUUGUAGUGACUUGACUCCAGAUGAUAUUUUGAGUGCAGACAACUCGUUCAAUACCCCUGUGUAUGUGGCAGUGUACGCCAUAGCACACGCCCUACACAACAUACUACAAUGUGGAGACGACAAGUGCAACAAAAACAUCACCGUCUAUCCACAUAUGGUCCUGUCUGAGCUGAAGAGGUCAAAGUUCACUCUCCUGAACCACACUAUUGAGUUUGACCAAAAUGGUGACCCGACUUUUGGAGACUUGGACCUCAUCACCUGGAACAGCAGUGGAGCAGCAGAGACAGUGGGACUCUACACCUUUCAGUCUGAGCCCCGUUUUUCCAUCAAUCAAUCCAAAAUACAAUGGCACACCAAUGGACAACAGGUUCCCUUAUCUCAGUGCUCACCUGAGUGUCUGCCCGGAUACAGGAGGAGUCUGGAGGGGAGUCACAAAUGUUGUUUUAAAUGUGUCCCUUGUCAAAAAGACGAAUACAUCAAUGUUUCAGUGAAUCCAUACAAAUGUGUGCCUUGUGGUAAGACUGAGUGGUCGCCUGAACGCAGUACCUCAUGUAAACUUCGCUCUGUGGAGUUCAUCCCGUUUGAAGAUGCCGUUACCAUAAUGAUCAUAGGUGGAACAGUACUUUUUGUGGUCCUCUCUCUCCUGACUGCUGUGCUCUUUGGCCUGAACUACAACACUCCAGUGGUGAAAUCUGCUGGUGGUCCCAUGUGUUUCCUGAUUUUAGGCUGCCUCAGUCUCUGCAGCAUCAGUGUAUUCUUCUACUUUGGUAAACCUACUACUGCUUCUUGUAUUUUGAGAUAUUUACCAUUUCUGCAGUUCUCCACUGCUUGCUUGGCCUGUUUUGUUGUGCGCUCCUUUCAAAUCGUCUACAUCUUUAAAAUCGCCGCUCAGUAUCCCAUGCUGCACAGACUGUGGAUCAAAUAUCAUGGACAGUGGUUGGUGGUUAUGGCCAUAUUUAUGUUACAGGGAACUUUGCUUCUCAUUGUGUACACUUCGGCACCUCCUCAACCUCAAAGUGAUACAAACUGGUACAAAGACAAAAUCAUUCUUAGCUGUGGCAUUGAUCUUAAAGUAUACAGUCCCUGUGUUACACUGCUCGUGCUGCUCUGCUUUCUUAGCUUCAUCGUAUCAUACAUGGGAAAAGACCUCCCCAAGAACUACAAUGAAGCCAAGACCAUCACAUUUUGCCUGUGUCUGUUGAUUCUCACUUGGAUCCUGUACUCCACCAUCUUUAUUCUCUACCGAGGGAAGUACAUUCAAACAGUAAGCGCAUUAGCAAUACUGUCGUCUCUGUACUCGUUCCUCUUGUGGUAUUUCUGUCCAAAAUGUUACAUCAUACGUUUUCAACCGGAGAAAAACACACAGCAGUACUUUCAGGGGCUCAUUAAAACUUAUAUCAAAACACAAGAGUAAUGAGUCGCAGUACUUUAUUAUCAUAUGCUGUCUGAGCCCUGUGAAAAGAUUGAGGAAAGGGGCAGGGCUAAUUUCUACAAUUUAAGAUAUGUAGGUUUACUUUAAGAGUGCAAAUUUUUCUGCCUUUCUACCUUCUACCUAGACCUGUCACAAUAACAAAAAAAACUAAGUAGACAAUAACUGAUAAUACUGAAACUAAUUCAUGCCUAUGACACAGUAACUCAAAAGCAAAUUUAAGCCACAAAAAAAUAUUUUAAAUCUACAAUAUGAAUUCUGUUCUGAUUACUGCUGGCACCCACAGCACAUUGUGUAACAUACUGUAUAUUGCAUUAAGCACCGGCUUAGUAGU